AUGCCGUCGACCUCGCUGGCCCUGACGCCGGGCCUGGCGUCGUUUCUCAAGUCGCUGAAGACAAAUCCAACCGAUACUUCUAUCGAGAACCUGGUUUCACUGUUGAAGCGGCGUCAAAUCCGCCAUUCGCGAUCAUGCGCCACUGCGACUGCCUAUCUACUCCGUCAUGUUGUCUCAACAUGCAAGACAUCAGAUCCCGCAAAGCUCAUUGAGCGUGUGCAGGGCGUGGGAAGGCGGCUCAUGGCCGCGCAACCGAGGGAAAUGGUAGUGGGCAACAUUGUGCGACGUGUUCUAGGUCUCAUUCGAGACGAGGCUGAAGAUGACCGUGAAGCCGAGUUUGCUCUCAGUGAGGUUGGAUCAGAGAGCCAGCCUCAAACUCCUCGGGCUUUUGACGAUGCCUCGCUUCCCUUGGAUAGAGAUGCUCUUUCUCUACGGGGAGAUGGCGCAGAGCGCUCCUCGUCUCGUCCUACCCUGACCUCUAUGUUUAGUCUCCUUUCACACCCCGAACCAGAAUCCUCGUUGCCGAGCACCCCGGGCACUCAAUCUCCAAGCGGCCGGAUGGCUGGGCACGGUCCCAGUAAAGAUGUGAAGGCAGAGGUUCUGGAGGGUAUUGGCGAGAUCAUCGAUGAGCUUGGUCAAGUAGACGACCAGAUUGCCUCUUAUGCGUUGGAGCAUAUCCACUCCAACGAAAUCAUCCUCACACAUACCUCCUCAACAACCGUGCAAAAGUUCUUGGUCAAGGCUGCAACAAAGCGCAAGUUCACCGUUAUUCACGCCGAAUCAUUCCCGAAUAACCAUGAAGCUACGCAUGCUACCAUCAGUGGUAACACGCCCAGCGAUGAUGACAACUUGAGCUUUGAGUCCUUCCAAAAGCCGCUGAUCGCCCUCGGCAUCACUGUCAUUCUCAUCCCUGACUCGGCCGUCUUCGCUCUGAUGUCUCGUGUCAACAAGGUCAUUCUGGGCACACACUCUGUCCUCGCCAACGGUGGCCUCAUCGCGGCGGCCGGUACUCGAGUCAUUGCCCGGGCCGCUAAGGUUCACCAGACACCAGUCGUGGUCGUCAGUGGUGUCUAUAAGCUGAGCCCUGUCUAUCCAUUCGAUUUCGACUCGCUUAUUGAGUAUGGUGACGCCGCCAAGGUCUUGCCUUACGAGGAUGGCGACCUUGUUGACCAAAUCGACGUCCUGAACCCACUCUAUGAUUAUGUGCCGGCCGAACUGGUCGACCUUUAUAUCACGAACCUCGGUGGUCAUGCCCCCUCAUAUCUGUAUCGGAUUGUGUCCGAUCACUACCGGAAGGAAGAUAUCAGCUUCUAA